UAUCCUCACUUUGAUCGACCUAUUCUGAAUGGCGACCUGCCUAGCUCACUUCGAUGUUUAUUCUUGGGACCAUAUUACAACGUGCCACUUGUACCACAUUCAUUGCCAGAUGGACUACAACAAAUACACUUUGGUUACGCCUACAAUCAACAACUCGAGGAACAUAGUCUGCCGGCAUCAAUCACACUAAUCAAGUUUGGUCACAUGUUCAACAAACCAGUUGAGCCUGGAAUCAUCCCAUCAUCAGUGAUCGAGUUAUACUUUGGAUGGAGAUUCAAUCAACCAUUGCGAAUUGGUUCAUUACCAUCUGGACUGAUCAAUCUCUCAAUGGGCGGGUACUACAAACAUACGAUCACGCAAGGAAUACUACCCGAGUCACUCAUUCGUCUGCGUCUAAGCGACAAGUAUGACCUGCCUAUCAGCACCCCACCAUCACUGACCAUCCUUCAAUGUGGCUCAUUCUUCAAUCAACCUAUUGGUACCGAUUGGAUAUCACGCUCCCCGUUAAGAUCAUUGGAGUUUGGAGGUAGAUUUGACCAACCUUUGAUCAGAGGAAGUCUUGGCCCCACAUUGAUCAAUCUCAAGUUUGGACGACUAUUCAAUCAAAGACUUGAACCUGGUGUGCUUCCCAACUCUAUAACUAGUAUAUGGUUUGGAGAGCGAUUCAAUCAAAACAUUGAACCUGGCGUCCUGCCCUCAUCACUCAGACACCUAGUCUUUGGCGAAUGCUUCAACGGUGCUCUCUGUGCACUACCAUCGAGCUUGGUAUCAAUACACUUUGGGAGACUCUUCGAAACAAAUUUGACGGCUGCCAUUCUACCAUCAUCAAUCCAAUCACUCAUAUUCAACCGAAUGACAUUGAUCAAUUACUAUCCACCAUCACUCAGGAAUAUUGUAUUUGGAACAUACUUUAAUGAAUCAUUGGCCACCAAUCCGCUCCCGCCAAGCCUGACCUCAUUGACCUUUGGAAGCAGGGUCAAUUUCAACAUUGAGCCAGGACUUCUACCUUCAUCCCUCACGACUCUGCGGUUUGGUACGCACUUUAGAGGCUAUAUACGGCCUGGUUCACUUCCGGCCUCACUCACAAGAUUGGAUUUAGGCCACAGCUUUAACAACUAUGUUGAACAAGGAGUAUUGCCAAUCAAUCUCAAAGACUUCAGGGUUGGACCUCAAUUCAAUAAGGAUGUUGCCAAGGUUUUGAGUACACUAUCACUGACCAGUCUACGUUUUGGAGGUGACUUCCUUCAAACCUUGGGCCGGGGUGCUCUACCCGCCUCACUCACAACACUCUAUCUCGGAUAUCAUUGUUAUCCUUUAGUCCAGCGAGGUGACAUCAUCCUAAAAACAUUGAUCAACCUCACAAAGUUAGUCUUUAUCUUCCAUCAUAGGUAUGGAAUGGAUGUCACUCUCGAAAAUAUGUUAUGGCAUCAACAGGGAAACACUCCUCUGCCCACGGCCAUGUCCAAGACGAGGAUAAUUGUCAAGUUUGAACAAAUGUUUGGCGCGGAAUCAUUGAGAAAGUCAGAGGUUAUACAAUCAAUAUUCCAUAAUAGUAGGACGACUGAUAUAUCGGAUUAUAUAAUUAAGAAUCAUCAGAAGAAACAUUAUUAUAUUAGGAUUGUGGAUAAGAUCAAAGGCAUGGCUUUGAUCAACUUCAACAACAAUGGACAGACUCAAUCAAAGUUGAUAUAUCGUAAUCAAAAACAAGUUGAUAGUCACUAUUCCAUCUUUUACAGUAACUUCAAAUGUUCCACCGGAUACUCUAAUCAUAUGGAACUAUCCCAACCCAUUUAUAUGCGUCCAUUUCCAGACUUGGCUAAUUCAGAA